AUGGCAUCUCAAGAAUCUCAGCCCGACUAUCAAGACGGCGAGGGAGAGGAGGAGCUUGGUGCCUCGGGUCCCCUCCUCAUCGAGAAGCUCCAAGAGUCUGGCAUACACGCUCAGGAUAUUAAGAAACUCGCCGAUGCUGGCUUUCAUACCGUCGAGGCUGUCGCGUACACGCCCAAGAAGAACCUUAUCAGCAUCAAGGGUAUUUCCGAGCAGAAGGCGGAGAAGAUCCUUGCCGAAGCUCAGAAGAUCGUCCCGCUCGGCUUCCAAAGCGCGACGGAGGUACAUGCGCGCCGGUCCGAGCUCGUGCACAUCACCACGGGUUCGAAGAACCUCGAUACCUUGCUAGGCGGCGGCAUAGAGACAGGCUCGUUGACCGAGUUCUUUGGCGAGUUCCGCACGGGCAAGUCGCAGCUCUGCCAUACGCUCGCCGUGACGUGCCAGUUACCGGUCGACAUGGGUGGCGGCGAGGGCAAGUGUCUGUACAUCGAUACGGAGGGUACCUUCCGCCCGGAGCGUUUGCUGGCCGUCGCAGAGCGCUACGGCUUGAAUGGCGAGGAGGUGCUGGACAACGUUGCAUAUGCACGCGCAUACAACGCGGAUCACCAGCACCAGUUGUUAACCGCCGCUAGCGCACUCAUGUCCGAGUCUCGAUUCUGCCUGCUCAUCAUCGACUCUGCGACAGCUCUGUUUCGUAGCGAUUAUAUUGGACGAGGAGAGCUCGCCGCUCGUCAAGCGCAGUUAUCCAAGUUCUUGAGGAACUUGCAGCGUCUUGCCGACGAAUACGGCGUCGCUGUAGUGUUCAGCAAUCAGGUCAUGUCGAACCCUGAUGCGUCCGCGGGACCGUAUGCGGGUAACGAGAAGAAGCCGAUCGGCGGCAAUAUUCUUGCUCACGCGUCUACGACACGAUUGCAGCUUAGGAAGGGACGGGCAAAUACGCGUCUAUGCAAGAUCUACGACUCUCCAUGUCUUCCCGAGUCUGAGACGUCGUUCGCCAUCCUGCAGAGCGGUAUCGGGGAUCCCGAAGAGGAGGUCUAG